AUGAGCGAUUGUCCCGACGAAUUUGAAGCGGCUGCGGCCUACCUCCGAGGCAUCGCUGGCAAAUUGAGUUCCGAGGACUUGCUUUAUUUCUAUGCUCGAUUCAAACAGGCCGAACACGGACCGAACAAUGUCCCGAAGCCGGGUUUCUUCGAUUUCCAAGGCAAACAGAAAUGGCAAGCCUGGAAAGAUCUGGGCGAAAUGGACGCCCGAAUAGCCAAGGAAGAGUAUGUCCAUCGUCUGAAUGCCAUCGAUCCCGAAUGGAGCGGGAAAACUCCCAGUCACGACAUUGGAUGGGUUUCCGUCAGUCGACCCCAAGCCCCCGAAGAGCCCGAGCUCUUGGACGAAGACAAGACAAUUUUCGAUCACAUCAAGGAGGGUCAAGUUGCCAAAAUCCAUGGAAUCUUGAAACGGGAUGCGUCCAAAGCCAAUCUGAAAGAUGACGAGGGCAUGACUCCGUUGCAUUGGUGUGCGGACCGUGGUCAAUUGGAGAUUCUUCGGAUACUGAUCCGCUACAAGGCUGAUGUGAAUGCUCAAGACGAUGACGGUCAAACCGCCCUGCAUUACGCAGCUUCUUGUGAGCGCGAGGAUGUCAUGCGACUUUUAUUAGAAUCCGGUAUUGAUCCCGACAUCCAAGAUAAUGAACAAAUGAAGGCCUCAGAAGUGUGUUCAGCAGAGCAGAAAUCUAUUUUUAAUCAGUAAUACAGAUUGUUGGAGUUUUCCAUAAUUGUACGCGCAAUAAAAUCCUUCUAAAAGUUGUAUGGCAGGGAGCCAAAACCAGAA